GGUUUUGACUUUUAAAUUUUGCAUAUUUUUAUUUAAUUAAUUAAUUUAUUUAUUUAUUUUUAACUGGAAGGUGAUGCACAGGGGGUGAAACUGAAAAAAAUUUUUUUGUUGGCUUUUGUUUACCUGGCGUGUGUGGUAACCAACUCGCUCCCUCUCUCUGCUUGCUAUCCCUGACCUUUCUUUCUUUUUGCUCCUUUAAAAAAAAUAUUAAUUUCCCCCUUCUGUGCAGUGGAGCAUGGGUGGGGGAGAGGAGGGGGAAGGGUUUGAGAAUCCACCCAAGCCCGGCCCCUAUUCCCCAGAACACCAAUAAUAACCCCCUUUAAAACAUUUACCUUCCUCCCCUGCUCCUCCCCCUCCCCCCUCCCCCCACCCGCCCCCAACUCACAACUCUGUUGAGUCCAGAAGCUCAGAAUCGGGCGUUGGGCUUUGCCGGGUGCUUCAGAUCAAUGGAUGAGUUCCACCCGUUCAUCGAGGCGCUGCUGCCUCACGUCCGCGCCUUCUCCUACACCUGGUUCAACCUGCAGGCGCGGAAGCGCAAGUACUUCAAGAAGCACGAGAAGCGGAUGUCGAAGGACGAGGAGCGGGCGGUGAAGGACGAGUUGCUGGGCGAGAAGCCCGAGAUCAAGCAGAAGUGGGCAUCCCGGCUGCUGGCCAAGCUGCGCAAAGACAUCCGGCCCGAGUUCCGAGAGGACUUUGUGCUGACCAUCACGGGCAAGAAGCCCCCCUGCUGUGUGCUCUCCAACCCCGACCAGAAGGGCAAGAUCCGGCGGAUUGACUGCCUUCGCCAGGCCGACAAGGUGUGGCGGCUGGACCUGGUCAUGGUGAUUUUGUUUAAGGGGAUCCCCCUGGAAAGUACUGACGGGGAGCGGCUCUACAAGUCGCCCCAGUGCUCGAACCCCGGCCUGUGCGUGCAGCCACAUCACAUUGGAGUCACAAUCAAAGAACUGGAUCUUUAUCUGGCUUACUUUGUCCACACUCCGGAAUCCGGACAAUCAGAUAGUUCAAACCAGCAAGGAGAUGCGGACAUCAAACCACUGCCCAACGGGCACUUAAGUUUCCAGGACUGUUUUGUGACUUCCGGGGUCUGGAAUGUGACGGAGCUGGUGAGAGUAUCACAGACUCCUGUUGCAACAGCAUCAGGGCCCAACUUCUCGCUGGCAGACCUGGAGAGUCCCAGCUACUACAAUAUAAACCAGGUGACCCUGGGGCGGCGGUCCAUCACCUCCCCUCCUUCCACCAGCACCACCAAGCGCCCCAAGUCCAUCGAUGACAGCGAGAUGGAGAGCCCUGUCGAUGACGUCUUCUAUCCUGGCACAGGCCGCUCCCCAGCAGCUGGCAGCAGCCAGUCCAGCGGGUGGCCCAACGAUGUGGAUGCAGGCCCGGCUUCUCUAAAGAAGUCAGGAAAGCUGGACUUCUGCAGUGCCCUCUCCUCUCAGGGCAGCUCCCCGCGCAUGGCUUUCACUCACCACCCGCUGCCUGUGCUUGCUGGAGUCAGACCAGGGAGCCCACGGGCCACAGCAUCAGCGCUGCACUUCCCCUCCACAUCCAUCAUCCAGCAGUCGAGCCCAUACUUCACGCACCCGACCAUCCGCUACCACCACCACCACGGGCAGGACUCGCUGAAGGAGUUUGUGCAGUUUGUGUGCUCGGAUGGCUCGGGCCAGGCCACCGGACAGCCCAACGGUAGCGGCCAGGGCAAAGUCCCGGGGUCAUUUUUGCUACCACCGCCGCCUCCAGUGGCCAGACCUGUGCCCCUUCCUAUGCCUGAUUCCAAAUCCACCAGCACUGCCCCAGACGGCGCCGCCUUGACUCCUCCAUCACCUUCAUUCGCAACGACAGGCGCCUCCUCUGCCAACCGGUUUGUCAGCAUCGGACCCCGGGACGGCAACUUUCUGAACAUCCCACAGCAGUCUCAGUCCUGGUUCCUCUGAUAAGAUCGACAAAAGAAAUGGCAAAAUGAAAAGAAGAGGUUCCUCAAAAGGGGGGAGAAGAAAUUUUGAGACGUGGAAAAAAAUCCCCCAGCCCAGCCCAGCCCCACCGAAAAGCAAAAAUUAGACGUCGUCAGCCACUCAGCCCUUCUCUCCUCCAGCCCGGGGACCCCUGCAGGCCCCCAGAAGCAGCUCAGUUCUCGGAGAGCCUCAGAAGAGGUCUCGGUGGAGCUGUGCACCAGCAGCCAAGCAGAAAGAAACAUGCAAAACGGACUCUGUCAAGUAGAGGACAGAAAGAAAGGAUGCAGAACUGCCUUCCUCCCCCCACAUCCCGUCCCGGCCUUCUGGGGAAGGAGCAAAAUCCCCAAACAAAGCAACCAGCACAAUUCUGAAGGGGCCUGUCCCCCACCCUCACCCUUCCUAGGGGAACCCCACCCUCGACUAGGGCCGGAGCUUCACUAGGGAGCUCAGAGGACCAGCUUGUAAAGAUGAUGGGGUGCAGAUCCAGAGGGCUCUCCCCUCCAGACUCCACCCCCUCCCUCCCUCACUGCCUUUGCCUCUGGCUUCUUCCCCCAGCUGCUCUGGACCGGGUGAGGCAGGGUAGCCUCGCGAUGUCCCUCUGCCCCACCCUCGGGCUAGAAGCCCCCCAACCCCGGCUGGGCAGGGGGCAUCUCCCGGAGCUAGUUUUGUGCUCCCAGAAUGGAGGGUGUUCUACCACCCGACCCUGAGCUGCAGGGGCAGUUCCCCGGGCCCCAAACCCCUCUGUACAGUCCAUAGGAAAAGGUCGGAAUGCUCUAGACAGCCCAUCCCAGCCUGGGACAGGUCCCUCUUCCCUCUCUCCCAAGGCAGGCCAGGAAGGUCACCGUCCUGACAUGCUACACGUGAGGGGAGGUGGGCCCCAGGUUGCCCCCACACCCCAGCCCCGCAUGCAGGUGCCCUCGCUCCGCCCCAUCGGUCCCUGCCCCUGCCCCUACGCAGACAGCCCUGCUGUGGCCGGGCCGGAGAGUGGAGCAGAAAGGGGACCCCGGAGUCGAGCGAGGAGGACGAGGCAGCCGCCGCUGCCGUUGGCUAAACCGCCACCCGCGCUAGGUAGGCGUCCUGCUUGCCGACUUUCAGUUCCUUUGGAGGGUGUUGGGUGUCGUCCUUUUUCAAAAGUGUUUUGGAGCUUUCUCUGCCUCCCCUUUCCCCCACGCCACCCCCAUGGCCACUUCUCUCUGGAUUUCAGCUGUAAUGUCUUUACUCUUUAUUUAGGGGUGGGGCAUUCAUUGUUUCGGUCUUUUGCUGUUGCAAUUGGGAACUCCUCCAUUUGAGCAACUUGGGAACAAUUUGGUAACACACCACAAGAAGUAGCUCUCCCCCACCACCAUCACCACAGCCCCCUCCUCCCCCAAGGGAUGGUUGGGGGCCUGUCCAGAGGGUCUUCAGAAGCCCCCCUGGGAGGGAGGGGAGCAAGAGCACGCCCAGCCCGCCUCCAGGGUGUGACUUGGCCCCUCUGGCUUGUCUUUCUGUGCCUUACUCCCUCCUCCCUGCAUCUUGGCCCCCUUCUGGAGUCCUUGUGCCUCUCUCUCUUUCUCUCUCCUUCUUAACUGUAUGAAAACACAAAGCACAGGUCAGGAUCCUCUGAAAGUCAAUCAACCCAACGUUGCACCACAUAGGGGUGGGUUAUGGGCUUUAUUUAUUGUGAAUCUAGUUUGUGAGGCUGUGGCCCCAAGCAAAGGGAGGGAAGGAGGGGAGGGAGGUGGCUGGAGAGGAGAGGAGAGCUCUUACCUGGGGCAAAAGGGGCCAGCUUGAGUGGUGCCUCCUCCCCAGCUGGAAGCCACAAGGUGGCUGGCCCCAGGGGUGGCUUUUGUUGGAAGUUGAGCGAAGCCCCUCCCCCAUCCGCGUGCAGCCCUCGAGGAGGACCGGGUCUGAGAAGCAGGGGAUAGGGGAAUCCGCGGGAGCCUGGGGGUCGUGGGGAGUAGGGCGGGGGGUGGGGGGCCGGGUGGGCCGGGCGUGACGCGCGGUCAAAGUGCAAUGAUUUUUCAGUUUGGUUGGCUAAACAGGGUCAGAGCUGAGAGGGGAGCAGAAGGGACCCCUGCCCCCCUGCCCGGCCGCACACGCCCCUUCCCUCGAAGACAAUCGGGGCCGCGGGCGCGGUGGGUCCUCGGGGGCGGGGGUCUGCGGGGCGCCCGCCCAGGCGAGGUCGGAAGCUGCAGGCCAGCUGGGCCGGGGCGGGAGCGCGCCCUGCAGGGCUGCCGGGGUGGGCACGGGGGUUGGGGGCCGCUCCUUUCCUAAGUGUUGUUGUGAGGGGCAGGCGAGGGGCGACGAGGGCGACAGGAGAUGUGGGGACGUGUUAGAAGAGAAAAAACCCACAAAAAAUAUAUAUGGGGGAAAUGAACUUUUUUUUUUUUCAUUGAACCAAGUGCAA